UACUUUAUCGCCCACUCUGUGCCUAGGAAGGGUUUUCCCACCUUUUCCAAAUGCCCUCAUAACCCUGCAUAAACUCUUCUCUGCCCAGACCUCACUGGUUCCAUCGCUGGAAUCAGUCUUUCUUCCACAUCCUCCCAUAGUUCCACACCAUUUUGUAAACAUCAGCAUUUCUUGCAACCUGCCUUGUAUCUAUCUCAACCCAUCCACCUCUUCACACUGCCUAGGCUGGGAGGCCUGAAAAGAGCAAGUCUUUAUCAUAUUCUGGUUGGUUGGAUUGAAGGGUACUUAUCUACACAGGUGAAAUAGAAUUUGGCUUGAAUGACUCCUGAAUUUGUCUAGUAUACUGGUUUAUGCUGACCUUAAAGAAAGUAUUUAGGAAGGAUACAACUUCAAAAGUAGGUGAAGUUAUUCCAGUUGGUCUGAACAUGCCUCCGCGAUAUGACCGGGCAGUCAUUGGUUCACCCCUGGAAGCACUUAAAGAAGAAGGUCAGUCAGGAUAUGUUCCACCUACCUGUUUUGAAGCCAACAGUCUGAAGAAACGAAAUUGGGGGCUCUUGUUUACUGGGAUUGUUGGCGGGUCCCUCGUGGCCGUGUAUGCUGUAGCCACACCAUUUGUAACACCAGCCCUACGGAAAAUCUGUUUGCCUUUUGUCCCUGCAACUCCCAAGCAGAUCGAAAAUGUGUUGACAAUGUUGCACUGCAGAAGAGGAUCCGUGGUGGACAUUGGUAGUGGUGACGGACGUAUCGUGAUAGCAGCUGCAAAGGAAGGAUUUAUGGCUGUUGGCUAUGAAUUAAACCCAUGGCUGGUUUGGUACUCCAGAUACCGUGCUUGGCGAGAAGGUGUACAUAACUCUGCCAAAUUUUAUAUCUCAGAUUUGUGGAAGGUUACUUUUUCGCAGUACACAAACAUUGUUAUUUUUGGGGUGCCUCAGAUGAUGCCGCUGCUGGAGAGGAAGCUUGAGCUCGAGCUCGUCCAGGACGCUAGGGUCAUCGCUUGCCGCUUCCCCUUCCCGCACUGGAUCCCUGACCACGUCGCUGGGGAGGGGGUGGACACUGUGUGGGCCUACGACGCUGGCUCGUUGAGAGGACGCAGAAGGAGAGCUGGCCCAGCGGGGCAGUCCCAGUCGGUCGCUCAAGUAUGAACUUCCGAAGCGCUGGUGGGCUUUGAUUUUGUAGAGACUUCCAUCCAUACCCUCACCAAGAGAGUUCUGUUCUCCUUGGUAUGGAUGAGACAGUGCUUUCCUUAAUUUUGGGAGAAAGCAAAUAAAAGUUAAGAAAAACA